UCUUGGCUGAGAUCCCGGUCCACUCCCCCUCCUCCCGCUGCACGCCCUCCCUCCCUCCUUCUCUCUCCUCUUCCUCCCGUUCUUCCUCACCACCGUUGUGAACGGCGUUACACGGUGAUCUGGGCUUAGGGAGUCCCCGGGUUUCCAUCAGUGUAUUGUGCGUCAUAGAGAGAACCGGGUGAGGGCUCAAGGGGUGCCGUGAUCGCGGCUCGUGGGCACCCUGAAGGAAAGGGUGGCUACACGGCCCCCAUCCCUGAGCUGCAAUCGGCCCCCUCUGCACACACGCUACAACCCUGUCUGGCCGCUCCCGUCGCAGCUUGCUUCCUGCAUCCCCGGGCUCUCAUCCCGCGCCCGGCAUCCCAAGAGCAUCCUGCAUCCCUUAUCCCUGCGAGAAUCCUGCAUCUGACAUCCCGGAGGCUGGGCAUGUAGUAGCGGCGGUAGCUGCGGAAUAUGGGCGGGAACCACUCCCACAAGCCCCCAGUGUUUGACGAGAACGAAGAAGUCAACUUUGACCACUUCCAGAUCCUGCGGGCCAUUGGUAAAGGGAGUUUUGGAAAGGUAUGCAUCGUGCAGAAGCGAGACACGAAGAAGAUGUAUGCCAUGAAGUACAUGAACAAGCAGAAGUGCGUGGAGCGGGAUGAGGUGCGGAACGUGUUUCGGGAGCUGCAGAUCAUGCAGGGAUUGGAGCACCCAUUCCUGGUGAACCUGUGGUACUCCUUCCAGGAUGAGGAAGACAUGUUCAUGGUGGUGGAUCUGCUGCUGGGCGGAGACCUGCGCUACCACCUACAGCAGAAUGUGCACUUCACAGAGGGAGCUGUGAAACUGUACAUCUGUGAGCUGGCCCUGGCUCUGGAGUACCUACAGAGGUACCACAUAAUCCACAGAGACAUCAAGCCAGACAACAUCCUGCUGGACGAGCAUGGGCAUGUGCACAUCACAGACUUCAACAUCGCCACGGUCGUGAAAGGAGCGGAGAAGGCUUCCUCCAUGGCCGGCACCAAGCCCUACAUGGCCCCAGAAGUCUUCCAGGUAUACGUGGAUGGAGGCCCCGGGUACUCAUACCCUGUGGACUGGUGGUCCCUGGGUGUCACGGCCUAUGAGCUGCUACGAGGUUGGAGGCCGUAUGAAAUCCACUCGGCCACACCCAUUGACGAGAUCCUCAACAUGUUCAAGGUGGAGCGUGUUCACUACUCCUCCAUGUGGUGUGAGGGGAUGGUAGCCUUGCUGAAGAAGCUGCUGACCAAGGACCCCGAGAGCCGCCUGUCCAGCCUCAGUGACAUCCAGAAUAUGGCCUACAUGGCUGACAUGAACUGGGAUGCAGUGUUCGAGAAGGCAUUGAUGCCCGGCUUUGUGCCCAACAAAGGGAGACUGAACUGUGACCCCACGUUUGAACUUGAAGAAAUGAUUCUAGAAUCCAAGCCGCUUCACAAAAAGAAGAAGAGGUUGGCCAAGCAUCGAUCCAGAGACAGCACAAAGGACAGCUGUCCCCUGAAUGGACACCUGCAGCAGUGUUUGGAGACAGUGCGGAAGGAGUUUAUCAUAUUCAAUCGAGAGAAGCUCAGGAGGCAGCAGGGGCAUGAUGGCCAGCUCUCAGACCUGGAAGGCCGAGUAGGAAGCCAGGUCUCAAGCAAGCUACAGGAUGGUCGAAACAACAAUAUCCUGACCCAUACGUGCACCCGAGGCUGCAGCAGCUAAGCUCUCCAUCCCAGAUGGCACCCUCUCUGCCCUGACACCCAGAAUCCCUCCUCUGUGCCCUGAUGGUCCCCAUCUCAGCCCUAAAACAUCAGAUGCAAAAAAAAAAAAAAAAAAAAAAAAGAGCUCUGUAAUCAGAUCUGGGGAGCCUGGACUCUGGUCCCUGCUUCCCACCGCUUCUCUGUGUGACCUUGAACAAGUCACACCUUCUCUGUGCCUCGGGUUUUCUGCAUCUGUGGAAGGGGUUAAACAGCACUCUGCUCUGUCUCCAGUCACAGUGUUGUGAGAAUCCGUUUGGACUGCACAUAUCCAAACUCUUGGGCAUUGAUAAAAGUGUUUUUACAUGUAAAAUAUCUCAACAUUUGCAGUGUCUGUUCUCCUACCCCCCCCAAAUAAUUUAAACCAUGAGAACUUCACAAUUUGGCCCAUCCUAGCUGUUAGAGUGUACUUUCAACAAAAUAAAUAGCUGGCAUGUUUGCCCCUCCUACGGAACUUCCAGGUUCCAAAGCAAUCAGGAAGAGUCAGCCACAGACUUUCUGGUCUUCUGAAAUGGUGCAGCAUACAGACCAAGCCCAGGGGCUCCAUGCUGCAGACGCACUUCUUCCUGACUCCUAGAAGGCCACCCCAACCUUUGGAUUUUAGCAAUCACCAACUCUUGCCAUACCUGCACAUCCCUGUACUGGAUGGCACUCAGGUGCAUCUCUGGUCAUUUCUUCCUCCCACAGAAUUUCAUGGGAUCCCAGAGAAGACUCAUCCUGCAGAAGAACUUCAGUCCCCACCAUCCUUCCAGGGUUUCCUUCCCAAGAAGGGUAUAAAACAGGCCAGUCAGUCUGUCAUGCACAAGCCACCUGGCUGGGGAGAUGGCUCCGUGAAGCCUCUGCUUAGUCAACUGUAGAGGAAAGCAGGGUCACUCAAGAAGCAAAGUAUUUUAUGAUGAGGCCAGGGAUCAGUUGACACUGGAGCUGGGGAUGCUGAAGCAGAGAAAGCUGGGGCUUUCAGCCAGUUGGCAGCUGCUGCCAAGACUGGAAGACCUCUGCAAGUCACGUGACUGCUCAAGAGUCAGUUGGCUCACUUUCAAACAGAAGGAGAAGGUUGACCUUUCAGAGUUGUUACAGGACUUGAUAAGAUCCCAUGUGUCACACAGUGAUGACUGACAGUCAACAACCAUUUGUCUUCACUCUCAUCCUCCUCCUCAUCUUAUCAUCAUCAUCUUCUCCUUGAUCCUCCUCCUCCUCAUCUUCUCAUUAUCAUCUUCUCCUUGAUCCUCCUCCUCCUCAUCUUCCUCAUCAUCACCGACAUCACAAUCGCCAGCCCCCUCCUCCUCUGCAAGAGGCGCUUUCUUGUUUUGCCGUCAUGGUAGGUCUGUUUUCUGUGGACCAAGGAUCCUCCAAGUUUACAGUUUGUUUUCUUUUCCCACCUGGAGCCUCUGAGGUCUGGACGUCCCUGCUGAGAUCAACUGUUGUCACUUUUGCAUCCUUUUCUGUUUUCUACUUUUCCACUGUGAUUUGAGUCUGUCAGUGAGAGACAUUUUAAUGUAUGGUAAGAUUUUACACUUUUCUCCAAAUAACAGCAUUGUUCCCCGCUCCCUUAACAGAGUCCCUCCCCGCCCCCUUGUCCAUCUCCUGCCCACUCCCUGUUUCCAGGCCCUGUCUGCCCCUCUUGACCUCCAGGAUCUCUCAGCUGCUCUUCUCUACACUGUGACCUGGAAGUAUUACAAUUUCUUCUUGGGAUGAGCUCAUGAAUGAGAGGCAGGGGUGGAUGUUGCAGGGUGGGGAACCCUGAAUUCUUGGCUCUGUUUAAGUCCAUGUACUUUGUUUGGAAUAAAUGACUACUCAGACA